GGGCCCAGAAGAAAACCUUUAGGAACCACUGGGGCCCCAGAAGAAAACUUUUAGGAACCACUGGGGGCCCAGGAGAAAACCUUUAGGAACCACUGGGGGCCCAGAAGAAAACCUUUAGGAACCACUGGGGGCCCAGAAGAAAACCUUUAGGAACCACUGGGGCCCAGAAGAAAACCUUUAGGAACCACUGGGGCCCCAGAAAAAAACCUUUAGGAACCACUGGGGGGCCCAGAAGAAAACCUUUAGGAACCACUGGGGGCCCAGAAGAAAACCUUUAGGAACCACUGGGGGCCCAGAAGAAAACCUUUAGGAACCACUGGUAUGGGGGCAGAAGGUGUUGGACUGAUGUGAACCACCAUCUUGAUUUCUCUCUCUUGUGAGCUCUGCGGCAGAAGCUGGUGGACUGAAGUUAACCUCAGUUUAUCGUCAUGAAAUCAACCUGCUGGACCUGAGAAGAACAAAAAGGGUUUCACAUGCAAUCCAAAGGCAAAUGCCCCUCCCUGCUGGGGAACAACAGGUUUUUAAUGGACGUUACUGGAACACUGAACCAUUUGAAGUGUGAGCUGCCAGGAAUGUCACCAACAUGAUGUGUUGCAUUUUCCCUUUGUGCAGAUGGAGCUGAAAGAAAAUGCUUUUGCAUCUGACAUAUUUGACAAAGGUGCACCCCUCUGUAGAGGGGUGUGUAGCAUUAUCCUUGUCCAGACGCCUAAUUUGUUGCUCUAAAUCCACCAACUCUGCACGAUUCCUUUUCCUCCUUGCUGCUCGAAAACAUACAAUACCUUCCUUUAAAUAGGCUUUCAUAGUCUCCCACAGUAUUGAAGGAGACGUUCUCGGAAGGUCGUUCAUUUCAAAGAAAAACGUAAUCUGCUCUCUGACAAACUUACAGAAUUCUGGCUCCUUCAACAGUUGUGGGUUUAAUUUCCAUGUUCUUUCAGUUUGGUUCAAAUGAUCUAAUUAUAAAUCUAGAGAAGGGGGGGGUCUGAAAUUACUAUAUUGUGAUAUUUUACUUCACUAGUAUAGGGCAAUAAUUUUGCAUCUAUCAUUAAAUAAUCGAUUUGUGUACACAUUAUGAACAUUUGAGCGAAAUGAAUAGGCUCUCCCCUGUGGGUUAAAAAUCCUCCAGCUAUCAAACAAAUUAAAGUUAUUUAAAUAUUCCUUAAGGAAAAUACUAGCAUUACAGGCCGGUGCUCUAUGUGUUGACGAGCGAUCUAAAUAUGGAUCUAAAACAAGAUUCAGGUCCCUUCCAGUGAUUAGAUUAGUCUGUGAAAUGUCAGGUAUUUGGGCUAAAACAUGUUUGUAAAAAAGUGGAGAGUCUAUGUUGGGGCCAUAUAUAUUAACCAGAGUUAUAGGAACAGAGAACAAUUCUCCAAUUAAUAUAAAAUAUCUGCCUUCCCUGUCGGAUAUGGUUGAUUUAUGGGUAAAAGGUGUAUUUUAAUAUUGCCACUCCUCUUGCUCUCACUGCACAAGUAGAAUGAUAAGCUUGCCCUGUCCACCUGCAUCUCAGUUUUAUGUGUUCAUUCUUAUUAAGGUGAGUUUCCUGAAGGAAAAUUACAUCACUGGACUGUUUUUAGGUGUGCUAAUAUCUUACCCCUCUUAACAGGAUUAUUCAAACCUUUACCAUUCCAUGCAACCAAGGUAACCUGUCCGCCUUUCUUUGUUUCUGUUGUAUUAACUUACAUAACUCCGAAUUAGAAGUUGAAAAAAGCUCUGCAAAAAUAUAAAAUUCAAGGACCAAACUAACAUCUGAGUGGCUGAAAAGAAAUGGUCUGAAAAACAUGUCAGGAUAAAUAAGCUGCCUAUUUAUAAAUAUCAGCCCAAUUCAAAUUAUCAACGAAACCUAAGGCAGCUAAUUAUGUAACCAUGAUGAAGAUUCUAAACAUUAUAUAACUUAGCUGGAUAAACAUCCCAGGAAAGUCUAACAUUGAGUACUACCAGAAUCCAGCCACCCAGCGCCUGUAUCAGGUGUCCGCCUGCAUCACCUCCACCAGAACCAAAGUGGAACUCCAUGAACUUCUGGGCUUCCUUAGCGUCUGUGAACAUUGUUUCUGUUCAUCUGAAAGUCACUCUCAGCUGUGCAGGAUAUAAAAGUCCAUACCGAACUCGAUGUGGAUCUUCUGCCCGCGGUAUGCGAGGUCUCUCUGAGUCAUGGCCUUCCGGAGGAUCAUUGUAACGUCGCGGUAGUAAAGGAGUCUCACACCAACGUCCGAGGAGGUCCAGUGUCGUCUGGGCGGCUUCGUAGAGCUCCAUGACCGCGGUCCACCGGCGGUAAGUCAUCCAGAGUCAGCACAUCUUUCAGCAGCUGCGAGACGAAUCCGUUCAAUUCUGCGCCUUUCUCUUAACAUUGCAAUCCGUAUAUUUUGCCGUCUGGACAUUCCUUUAAGAUCCAUGUAUUUUUCUGUUAGCUGAUUCGUUUCUGUAGGUAGACGUUUUAUCUCCGACUCUAGCUUGGUUAUGGCGUCUGCUGACUGUGGCCGCUCGUUCUAGUUCACCAAUGGAUGCGCCAUGUUGUUCGUUGGACGUUUCAGGACGUGAAUAGCAUUUUGAGUUUCGGUCUUGAGGACAGAAAAUGAGGAAUACUGAUCAACAUGCAGAAGACAAGAACUGUCUUACUUUGUCACGAAGUCAGUGCUGCUUCUUCUUUUUGGUUCUGGGAGUUGUGCUGCUUUACUGCAGCACAAACAUAAGGAACAUGGUACCUGUCUGGAACCUUAAAUGGUCGAUGCAAAAUAAUUCAACAAACUCCGCUGCUGAACUUCCAGAAACUACGAGCGUCGCCACAACGCAGGAGCCAACGACUCAACGGCAGAGUACAGUUUCAUCACGAGUCACCAAGAAGACGCCAGAAACCCAGACUGCCCAACGGAUAGCGGCUCCUUAUGUGUCUCCUGGACCGUACUUGGUGGAGUACCCCUAUGAGUACCACUUCACUAUCAACGAGGAACUGAAAUGUAAGCAGGAGAAUCCGUUUGUGGUUCUGAUCGUACAAGUGGCACCACGCAACCGAGCUCAUCGCGACAUCAUCCGUAACAGCUGGGGAAGUGAGAAGCUGGUUAACAACCAAGUGGUGGCGCUGUUCUUCCUGCUGGGGAUGCAGACUGGAGACGAUGCAGAGCAGGUCCACCGGCAGCUGCUGCAGGAGAGCAGAGAGCAUCACGACCUCAUCCAGGGAGACUUUGUGGACUGCUACAAGAACCUGACCAUAAAGACCAUGGUGAUGCUGGAGUGGCUGAACUCCUACUGCUCCAGCGCCGCUUACGCCAUGAAAAUCGAUUCAGACAUGUUUCUAAAUGUUCCCAAUCUGGUCAACUUGCUCCUCAAAGCUCCAAGGACAAACUACAUGACCGGCCUGGUGGCACAUGGAGGACGAGUCUCCAGAGAUCCCAAUUUCAAGUUCUACAUGCCUGUUGAUCUUAUGAGCGAAGAUGUUUAUCCUCCCUAUGCUCUGGGUCUGGGCUACAUUUUGUCUUUGGAUCUCACCAAAAAGCUCGUUGAGGCUUCCAGACACGUUAAGGCUCUUUACAUUGAAGAUGUAUAUUUGGGUUUAUGUAUGAGACAGCUGGGUAUCCGUCCAACAGAUCCCCCAGAUUGGAACCUCUUCCACGUUCUUCCUCUGAGUUACAGUCGCUGUGAAUACUCUAAUAUUAUCGCGACCACAACUCUGGAAAAUAUGGACCUUCUUUGGAUUUGGAGAGACUUUAAGAAACCGGGUCCGUACUGUUGAUUAGUAAAAAAGGUAGCAGAAGAAAAUAAUCACCUUCUCCUGGCCCGCUGUGUCUCUCGUCAGGCCUUCAUCCACCGCAUCCCUUCUGCCCACAGUGACCCUGACCUGCCUUCUCCUACCAGCUCCCCAUCAUCUAACGCUCUGUCGCCCCCUGCUGGUCUCCCUCUUCCAGUUUCCUUCCAUCCCACUCGUAGCGACCCCAGUUGACCCUCAUCUUUCAUUUCUUCUAUCUCUGUUUCGUCACCUUCUCCCGUUUCGAUUCUAACUAAACGUCUGAGUCAGAGCGAUUUCCUCUUUCUUCUACAGUCCCAGUGUUUAUCCCUCAGGCUCAGCAAAAUGUUCACCUACUGCAAUGAAAUAUUUUAUAUAUUGAGGAGAUGUUAUAGUUUAAUGUUUUCAUCCAUUUGUUUUAUUUUGUUUUUGUUGGUAAAUUUAAAACAUGAUGUAAGAAAUGAGUUGAUUUUCUUGCAGGUUUUGUUUUAAAGGAAACUCAGGGAACCUUCAUGUUUAUAUCAAAAUGUGAUGGAAAAUAUUUCAUCUUAAUUUUCUUCUGCUUUUUUCCUCACUAAUAAGCAUCACAUUUGGUUUUGUUUGGGAUCUUUUAGUCUUUACAUUUCAUUGGUGACGGUGGAAGUCAAAGAACAGUGAAAAACUCUUGUGUGUGAAUAAAGAUCGUCUUUAUUCACAAGAA